AUGACGAUCGCCAUCACAAUGAUGUUCUGGGCCUACGAGUACAAGCACAUCCGGCCAAGCGGAAGGAUUGCGCGCCACGGGGAACGGCUGACCCUCUGUCUCUGCAUUGCGGUCAGCGACGAGCAGCCCCAGGGCCGCACAACAGCAUCGCAAGCGAGAGCAUCGCCCUACUGUAUCUUUACGACCCGCUACGGCACGAGCACCAAUGCCCAUGGAGGUUGGUAUCUCAAGCGCAUCGGCUCCUUCACCAGGAUCACGCCACGAUUCAACAUCAUGGGUAAAGACGGCGCCUACGUCGGCACGCACCCCAAGAAGAAGGGUCACGACAUCAUCCUGCAGUUUCGAUGCAUGCACAACAAACGCAUGUCAAAUCAUCUGCACGCAACCGACCGCAGUGCUAAGAUCAUCAACUGUGCUACGGACAUGCAGCUGCAGAAGAAAAGGCGCUUCUCCGCGAUCGACAUCACGCCGUCCCGGAGCAACGGAACACUCAGUGCGCGCAGCAUCCCGAGACCUCGAGCCAAGGUAACAGGACCUGAGCCCUCCAGCCCCAACUGCCGUGGUGCCGACAGCAUGCAUAACGCCAACGGCUCGACCCCCUCUCCGAGCGCCGCCAACAGCCUCGCUGACGCAUUCAAGAGAGCAGCACACAGCGCGGAGGAGAUCCCGUUGCCGACUGUCGUGGACCAGGAUGAGGUCGCGGAAGCCACGGUUCCUGACACGUGCCCAAGAGACACACCAUCGGGCCUGGCCGACGACGGGCGCGAGGUACGCGAAGAAGGAGAGAGGACCGGCGACCUGCCAGGCAACGGCGCUAUAUGCUCUCGACGCGAAGGUCCUGUGCCUGAGGAGGGAGACAGAAUCAUGGUCAUGAAGGAAGCUUGGUUGCAGCUCGUCAUGAACCGUCUAAAGACUCUGGAGAUCCGCGGUGCGCCGGCUGCGUUGGGGAGAACUUGGCUGGGCUGCAAUGGCCAAAUUCACGGAGCAGCCAACAUCGUCAACUGCAGCAUCAUCACGGAGGCAGACUUCCAAGCCACAAGAGCGCAGCACAGGCACUUGGGAGAAAUGCCCAACUACAAGAAAACGUACGCCCUGACUCUGCAAGAUGUGACGCAGCUCGAGCCAAGCAUCGACUACUAUCGGCUGCCAGCCACAUCGCCGUGGGCGGUGUUUCGCACCGGACCAACUGGCAAAGCGCGUCGGUCGGGGGCGCAGAAAAGAACUUUGGAGCAAGCGCAUGACACGAAGCCAUGCGAAGACAUGCCGACGGAGCUCCGAGCCGAAGCCAGCCCGUUGCCGCUGACAUCCGGCAUGGUGGACCAAGAAGAGCCUUCCCUCGGGGCAAGAGACCGGACGGACGAGCAUGACGACAGGAACAAGGAGUGA